AUCAUCUUAGGUGGCCAAGUCCCGCCUGAAAAAAUGUGUAAAACAAAUGUAAUUGAUGUCUCAAACUCUAUUUCUCUCCAGUCUUUGUGUUGAUAUCGCUUCUAUACAACCAGUGUGGUUAUUUCUAGUCGAGGUUUGGUGUACAGGAUAUCAUUAGCCGCCGUGGAGCUAAAGGUGCUAUCAGCAGUUUCAGGCAUCAGAAAAACAGAAGAUACAGGUUAUGGGGCUGAGACCCAGAUCUACUAAAACAUGUGAAGGUUCUAAACAAGGAUUGUGAAAAUGAAAAUCCCAAGUGAAGAGAGGAUGUCUGAAAUUAUGAAGGUUGAAGCAGACGACCCCAGAGGGCUCCGUUUGGUGCCCCCCAUACCUGCAGCAUCAACAUCAGAACUGGAGCAGAAACAAGACAGAAAAGAUCUCAUGUUCCCAAUCCAUCAAGUUUUGGUGAUUAAAGAAGAGGAUCCCCAUGACUGGAGCCCCUGUUUGGACCAGCAGGACACAAAGGAGGAAGAGGAGAAACAGUGGAUCAAUCAGGAGGAAGAACGUCUUACUGUGAAGAGUGAAGAUGAAGUAAAACCUCAGUUAUCAGAGCUUCAUCAAGUCAAGACUGAAGACAACGGAGAGACAGAAGCUUCAACCAGCAACUCAUCUGACCAGAUGAAAAGAGAACCUGAUGGAGAGGACUGUGGAGGACCAGAAUCAGACAGGGAGUCAGAUCCAGUAUGUUCUGCUCAGCAAAGUAAGAUGACUUUUCAGAACAGAGGCGAAACAUCCGAGCUGUGUUCCAAACGUGCAGCUCAGAUGGAAGUCGACAGAAGACAGAAGCCAUUUGUUUGCAAUAUUUGUGGCAAAAGAUUUAAACAUUGGUGUCGUGUUAAAAUACACAUGAUUACUCACACUGAACAGAGGGAACAUUGCUGCGAUCUUUGUGGUAAAGGAUUUAGAGUAAAGAGUUACCUUGAGAUGCACAGGAGACUCCAUGCUGGAGAAACCCCCUUUGCCUGUGAUGUUUGUUAUAAAAGAUUUAAGGCAAAGACAAGUCUUAGAAGUCACAUGCAGGUUCAUUCAGAAGAAAAACCCUUUUCCUGUGACAUUUGUGGUACAAAAUUUAAGCUAAAGAAAAAUCUUAAAAAUCACAUGUGGAUCCACACCACAGAAAAACCAUUUGUCUGUAUUGUUUGUAGUAAAGGGUUUUCAAGAGCAUCAAAUCUAAGGGCUCACAUGUAUUUUCACAGAAGAGAGAAACCAUGUAUAUGCAGUGUUUGCAGUAAAGGAUUUUCCCUACAGGGAAAUCUAAAGGCUCACAUGCGUCUUCACACUGGGGAGAAACCAUUUAGCUGUAGUGUAUGUGGUGAAAGAUUUUCACACAGGGGGAGUCUAAAGAGUCACAUGUGCGUUCACACUGGAAAGAAACCGUUCAUCUGUACUGUUUGCAAAAAAGGGUUUUCAUUGCAAUCAACUCUAAAGGCUCACCGGCAUAUUCAUACAGGGGAGAAACCAUUUAUGUGUAGCGUUUGCAGUAAGGGAUUUUCUAGUAAAUCGAAUCUGUCGAGUCACAUGCGUGUUCACACAGGAGAGAAGCCGUUUAUUUGUAAUGUUUGCAGUAAAGGAUUUUCACAAAAGGGAAGUCUGAAGAGUCACAUGUUUGCUCACACAGGAGAGAAACCGUUUAUUUGUAGCAUUUGCAGUAAAGGAUUUUCCCGACACGGGGCUCUAAAAAGACAUAUUUCUGUUCACACAGAAGAGAAACCGUUUAUUUGUAGCGUUUGCAGUGAAGGAUUUUCACGUUCGUUCAGUCUGAAGAUGCAUAUGCAUGUUCACACAGGGAUCAAACUGUUUAUUUGUAGUCUUUGUUGUAAAGGUUUUUCAAAACAACAAAAUCUUAAAUCCCACAUGCGUGUUCACGUUGCACCAUUCAGCUGUAGUGACUGCGGCAAACACUUUGUGAAGAAAAUACAGCUGGAGCGACACACAAGGCUCCACUCAGAGGAGAGGCCAUUCAGUUGUGAUCUCUGUAAAAGCAGAUUUAACAGAAAGUUUGUCCUUGAAAGUCACAUGAGAGUCCAUUCAGGAGACAAACCAUUUGUGUGUAGUGUUUGCAGUAAAGCAUUUGCACGUGAUGCAAGUCUGAAGAAACACAUGAUUGUGCACAAGGGCAGCAAAAGAUGAUUGUUUUCAUGGUUGACUAAAUGAUCAUUGUUUUUCUGACUAGUUAAUGAUUAAUUCAAUUCAUCUUUGCUUUCUGUGGGCUCAGCUUCUUUUGUCAGGUACUGAUUAUUUGUUACGGAGUACAGAUUCUUUAACGCUAGAACCACCAGGACUCCAAUACUCCUGGAACCACCAGAUAGUGUCUCGGAUCAUAGCAGGUCAUAUAAUCCAGUCUAUUGUCUUUGAGAGCUUUUUGGGUAUUGUUUGGAUAUUUCUAGAAACUCAAGCAGUUCCUGCUCAUACUACCACACUGGACCCUGCCACAGCACCUCCCUUACUUGGCUGUAAACAGACGUCAACCCAGCCACAAGCAGACAAGUCAGAGAAUAAGUUUCAGACAAAAGUCUGAUCUCAUGCACAUAAAUUGUUAAAUACGAUAAAAAGUCUUGAAAAACCACAGGUAUCCCAAUCUCCAAAAGGGUCAAAUAUUGAAUUCCAGAAAAUAUUAUGUGGCACGGUGUCCAAAAUAGACUGUAAGGCCUAAUUCACUCAAUACCUUUCAUCUCUCCCACUACAUGAGUCUGGCUCAGAUGCGCCUUAACAAUGACAAACAUGACAUGUAAAAAAGUUUUUUCUGCUUCUUUUAAACACUCUUCUAAACUCUAGGAAUAAGAGGUAGCCUGCAAAAGCAAGAUAAAAACAUACUAAUUAACACUUUACAACAUUCAAGAAAUUUACUCUAAACACAGAAUAGUUUUUUAAAAGUAUUUUUAUUUAUAUUUAUUAUAAUAUCAUUUUUUGCUUAGCAGUUCUAGGUAUACAGAGUCCUGAUAUUAUAUGGUACAGAUGUUAUAGAGAUCCACUUCAGUAAAAGUCAUAAAGCAUGAACCCUGUGGGGUUUAAAUUUUAAUGUGUGUGUGAUGGAACAAUGUAAUUAUCUACUUCAGGUAAGAUAUUUACUGCUCCUCUGUAGAUUAGACUUAUUUGUUUAAAUGAACAUUAGAACUUUUUGGUUGUAACUCUUAUACCGAUACAUUUGGACUUAUUUUAUUAAUCUGUGAACAUUUAAUUAAAUUGUGUCUUUUCACUCUA